AAAGAAGUUAGUCAGUAUCCCACGUGCACCUGGGAACUCGACCCCUCUUCUCUGCACAAACCCACUCCCUUCAUUUCCUCCAUUCUCAUUCUCACUCAAGCAAUCUCUCUCUUCUCUCUCUCUCAAAAGAAGAGAAGCAAAUGAACCUGAAAGCUGACUUCUCCUUCUCCCUUUAGAUGCCUUGAAUCUCUCUCUCAUACACUCUCUCAAACACAUACAGAAACAGAGAAAGUCUUUGGUUUAUCAAUGGUGGAAGCAAAGGAUCAAGACAUGGGAGAUGGUAUGCAAUGCGUGAACCAUCCUUUCACAAAGAACCCAGGUGGGAUCUGUGCUUUCUGUCUCCAAGAAAAGCUCGGAAAGCUCGUCACUUCCUCUUUCCCUCUCCCUAAACACCUCUCUUCCUCCUCCACUUCCUCUUCUCCUUCCUUCAGAUCUGACUCUGUAGGCUCCACAACCACCACCACCACCACCAACGCCGUCUCCGCCUCUCUCUCCCUCUCCGCCUCCGGAGCCAGAAACGUCACAGCCAACAACAACAGCAACAGCAAGCUUCCGUUUUUACUCGCGAAGAAGAAGGCUCCAACAACGACCAACAUCGUCUACAAGAGAAGCCAGUCAACGGCUACGUACAGAGUCUCUGACUCCAGCCCAAGAAAGCGGAGUGGGUUUUGGUCAUUUCUUCAUCUCCACUCUUACAAACACAACACAAACAGCAAGAAAGUCGGAAACUUUCAGACAAAACACACCGAAAACACUCUGUCGAAAACAGAGCCGAAAACAGAGCAGACAACAACGGUGGUCGGAUCUUCUUCUUCUUCUAUGUCGAAGAGAGUGAACAGAAACGGCAUUGAUGUGAUUGUAGAGGAAGAUGGAAGCCCCAACAACGUUUCCGUUACAACAGUUGCGGCACAGCAGAGCGAGAGGAAAGUGUCGAGAUCCAGAUCUGUUGGGUGUGGAAGCAGAAGCUUCUCCGGAGACUUCUUUGAGAGGAUCACUAACGGGUUUGGAGACUGUACUCUGAGAAGGGUUGAGUCACAGAGAGAAGGUAGCAACAAAGGCGGGAAAGUUAGUGGUGUUAGGGAGAUGGUGAGAUGUGGUGGGAUCUUUGGUGGGUUUAUGAUAAUGACGUCUUCUUCUUCUUCCUCCUCGUCAUCUUCAUGGGUAUCAUCAUCAUCAUCAGCUGAACAACAACAGAACAAUGUGGGUCAUGGUGGGAGGAACAGGAGCUGGGGAUGGGCGUUUGCUAGUCCUAUGAGAGCCUUUAGUUCUUCUUCUACAAAGAGAGGCCGUACUAUUACAGAUUCUACAAGUAAGAACACAGCUCCGAACUUGGAUGCGAUACCUUCAUUGUUGGCUGUAAGAAGUUAAGUUAAAGAAGUUUUAAUCCCCACGUUGCAAUAAGUGUUUGUUUCAAUCUUAAAAAUCAAGAAAGUUUUAUUAAGACUAGUUUCAUCAGUUUAGAUGUUUUCUUGAACACUGGUUGAUGAUCUUAAUAGUAUUGUAAUGUUACACUACCUCUUCUAUGUUAAUUAUCAUCUUUUUGUCAAAUAAGGAGAGAGGAGCUUAGGAUACUUGGGAACCUACUUUCUUCUGUUUAUUUGUCUUGUUCUCUUGAUUUAUUUUUUUAUAAUUUUUAAUCCUUGUGUUUGUCUCUCUAAUCUCUACUUAGAAGAACCAUCUGUCUUGCUUUAUGUUGUCAUUAUGAUGUGUUUCUAAUUAAAUUAGUAAUUGAG